AUGAAUGGUGCGUUUAAAGGAGUACGAUCUCGAAUUGAAAGUUUACAGCCUCUUUCAUUUUAUACUCACUGUGCCAACCACAGAUUAAAUUUAGUGCUCAGUAAAGCAAGCACGGUACCUUCAAUUCGCAACACAGUCGGAAUAAUAACAAAUAUAUUUUAUAACUUCUUAAGGGAAUCUGCUUUAAGAACUCAAUUUUUGAGUGAUAAAAUUACAGAACUUUUUCCACACCAAAAAGCAGUAAAAGCUAAAAAGCUGUGUGAAACACGUUGGGUCGAGAGGCAUGAUGGAAUUUUAAAUUUUUUGGAAAUAAUACCAGCUAUAAUAGUUACAUUAGACGAAUUGAGCCUUAGCAACUAUACAGGAAGCAAUGCACAUUCUCUAUCUGCAGCUAUUUGUAAAUUUGAAUUUUUGAUUUCAUUAAAAAUAUUAAAGAAAUUUUUAGCCAUAACACUUCCACUUUCAAUUCAGUUACAGAGUAUUAAUAUUGACUAA